AUGGCACUCAAACGCGAAGAGGCAAUGCACGAUUCGCGCGACGAAAGUGCGCAGAACCGCUUUAUACCUGAUCUUGCCAGUCUGAAUGCCUUCGCUCAGGGCUACGAGCGGCUUCAAUACGAUAACGACCACCUCCGGGACGAGCUUGCUGAGCGCACCCGUACUCAUGAACAAGCUAUCACCCAACUUCGACAGGCAGCGGAGCAUCAGGUUGUCGGUCAUGCUGCUACACUCAAGGCGACAAGCGAGGAGAUGCACAUACUGCGACGAGAGAAAGAGAGCCUGAGAGAAGGCAUCGAAGAACUGCAGUUUGCAGUGGUCCCAGUCAAUGACGAGGUUGCCAGGCUUAGAAGAGAGAAUGGAAAGCUUCUUCGUGCAGCGAAUCAAGAUGCCCGCAAGGUCAAAGGCUUACAUGACAAGAUCAGGGAUUGCAACAAGAGCCUUGAGAGCUACAAAAAGCGAGUGAAGGCUUUGGCGAACGAAGAUUAA